UGACACCUAAAUUUGGAAAACGCGUGACGUCAUAUUUAUGCGACGCGUUGCCGAAAGACGGAGACUCUCCAAAGAACGCUUAACAUUUGCUUAUAUCGUUAUUUUGGACAACGGAUAGACAUGUCAUGUUUUAGUGGCGAUCCCAACUUCUGUCCAGAGUGUGGAAAUGUUCUUCCGUUACCAGGGAUGAAAGACGCCGUCUGCUGUCCCCGCUGCUCCUUUUCCAUCUCUGUAUCAGAGUUUUCAGGCCGAGAGAUACGCUCGACGGUCGUCUUCAACACACUGGACAAGUCUUCUGUGGAUCUGGAGGGGAGUGAUGACUCUGAAAUGAAGGGUCCUGUGAUCGACAGACGCUGCACUCGCUGCAAUAAAGAAGGCAUGAUUUAUCACACAAGACAGAUGAGAUCUGCGGAUGAAGGCCAGACCGUCUUCUUCACCUGUAUACACUGCAGGUAUCAAGAGAAGGAAGACUCUUGAGAGCAUUCUGCAACUUUUCUCUUUGUAUUAUUUUAUAUUCACGAAAAAUGUAACAUGUUAUAGAUGUUGUAGUAAAAUGUAUAUUUAAAAAAAAAGAAAGACCAACCAAAUAAAAUCCAAUUGAACAUGA